GAUUAGAUGAUAGUGAUACUACAAAUGACAAAUCUGAAAUCAAUCCAAUUUUUAUUUUAAUAAACUUCCAACUUUCUUACUCAAAAUAAUCUAAAAAAUAUAAAGCUCUUUGCUAUUAAUAUCAAGUAUCAACAAUAUUUUUUGUUUAUAAUUAUAUUAUAUUUUGUAUGCUAAUUUACCUAUAAAUUUAUUCAUGUAAAAAGUAGUAAUAAAAUUAUUUAAAGAUACAGAUUACAGAUAUAGAGUACACGCCAGGAAUACGUUGUGUGAUAUGUGUAAAUAAAUACUAAAAGAAUACAAAAUGAGCGAUUCUGAAUUAGGAUAUGGGUCCUCAUUUACUGUAGAUUCUGUUAAAGUUAUAGCUGAAAGUGUCGGUAUAGGAAACCUUGUCGACGACGCAGCAAAAGAAUUGGCUGAUGAUGUUUCAUACCGUCUGAAAAUCAUUGUACAAGAUGCUAUGAAAUUCAUGCAACAUUCGAAACGGCAGAAAUUGUCCAUUACUGACAUAGACCAUGCUCUAAAAGUUCAAAAUAUUGAGCCACAAUAUGGUUUUAUUCAGCCUGAUUCAUUGCCAUUCAGAUUUGCUUCUGGUGGAGGCAGAGAAUUGCAUUUCAUUGAGGAAAAAGACAUAGACUUGUCAGAGAUAUUAUCAGCACCACCGCCAAAGAUACCACUUGAUGUUUCACUCCGAGCUCAUUGGUUGAGUGUUGAUGGUGUGCAGCCGACAGUGCCAGAGAACCCUCCUCCGUUAUCCAAAGAGGCCCAGAAGUUGGAAUCUGUUGAUCCUAUCACUAAGCUGAGCAAACCUGCUAAUAAAGAUGCUGCUGGUAAACCAGUAUGUGGUAAAGCAGCUCGGCUGAAAGCUUCAGAGUCUGUACACGUUAAACAACUCGCCACACACGAGCUCAGCGUGGAGCAGCAGUUGUAUUACAAGGAAAUCACUGAAGCUUGUGUUGGAAGUGAUGAAGGAAGACGUGCGGAAGCUCUCCAAUCGCUGGCGUGUGACCCGGGUCUCCAUGAGAUGUUGCCAAGGAUGUGCACAUUUAUCUCCGAGGGUGUGAAGGUCAAUGUGGUGCAAAACAACUUGGCACUCCUUAUUUACUUGAUGAGAAUGGUCAAAGCUAUGCUGGACAACCAGUCCUUGUACUUGGAGAAGUAUCUGCACGAGCUGAUCCCGUCGGUGUCGACGUGCAUCGUGGCGCGCCAGCUGUGCAUGCGGCCCGAGGUGGACAACCACUGGGCGCUGCGGGACUUCGCCGCGCGCCUCAUGGCGCAGAUAUGCAAGACCUUCAACACCUCCACCAACAACCUACAGACUAGGGUCACUAGAUUAUUCUCAAAAGCCUUGCAGUGUCCAUCUCAAACGAACAAUGAAAGUGGUCCCUCCAUGGUUCCGUCAAUGAAAGAGUCUGAAAAGACCCCACUGGCGUCUUUGUACGGCGCUGUUCAAGGCUUAGCAGAACUUGGACCUGAAGUUGUGAAGGUGUUCAUCCUGUCACGCGUGCGCUGGUUGGGCGAGCGUGUGGAGGGCGCGUUGAGCGGAAUCGGCGGCGCCGACCGACUGGCGGCGGGCAACCUCAAGCAUCAGCUGCUCAAGGUGCUGGCGCCCGUGGUGCGCGCGCACCGCCAGCCGCCCGACCUGCCCGACGACUACAAACGGGAGUACGGCUACUUGGGGCCCAGCCUGCAGCAGAUGGUGAGCAAGCUGCGCUCGUCGCCGACGGGCGGCAACGCGGGCGGCGCGGUGGCCGUGGUCACGUGCACGCCGCCGCUGCUGCCCUCCCCGUCGCCCGCGCCCGGCCCCUCGCUCGCCCCCGCGCCCGCCCCCGCGCCCUCGCCCUCGCCCGCGUCCGUCACCAUUCAGCACACGUCGCAGGCGCACGCCAAGACUAUCGAGUCGGUGGCGAGUCGCAACGUGGUGAUAACGUCGUCCGCGCCGCAGUCGCCCGCGCCCUCCACGCCGCCGCCGCAGAAGUUCGUCAUCGUGUCUUCGCAACAGAAGAAUCAGGUCUUUACUAAUACGCAGCCGGCUAGCAGCGCGGGUCACAUCGUGAUGCACAGCUCGCAGCCGACCAUAGUCCGCAGCCAGAACUCGGUGGUGGUCACGAGCGGGCCGGCGGGCGCCGCGCCGCCACAGAAGGUGGUGGUAGUGGGCGUGCCCCCACCCGCGCACCAACCGCACCAACCGCACCAGCCGCACCAACCGACCGCUGGGGUCAGCCAGGCGCCGGUAUCGGUGGUAGCGAAGCCAGUCUUCGCGCGCAGCGGGUCGGCCCAACAGCCGCCGCCCGAGCUGGACGACCUGUCGCACCUUGCCUGACGACCGCGCACCAUCAGCUUCAUCAUCAAGGAGGUCCGCAAGAAGACCUAGACUGCCUACAUAUGCUUCUAGCCUUGCGUUCCUUGCAGCUGGUGAAAUUUGUUUUUCCGCGACUUAAGAUAGAUACAGACUUGAAUGACAUAUGCAAUCAUUGACUUGUUUUAUAUAGUUUUUAAGCAAUUGACAGACGAAGUUAGAUUAUCCAGGACAUGUUAGGGACCUAUAAAGUUUUUCUUAUUAUAAUGAAUUAUAAUGAAUUGGCAUUGUCAGUCGCUUCGUUUCAUCUAUACUAAUGUUAUGCCAGAGAAAUUAUUUAUUUUAAUUGUCUGCGUGUGUAAAGUCUGCCAAUCCGCAUUGGGCCAGCGUGGUGGAUUACUGGCGUAACCGCUCUCAUUCUAAGAGGAGACUCGUAAUUAGAUCAAAAUUCAUACAUUUUUAUCAUCCUUACACUGAACGAUAUCGAUAACGAUAACAAAGAUAUUACUAAUUUUUUUGAACGCCCAUACACAUUUAAAUAUCAGCGAAUCAAAGACGUUAUUAAUUCGUGCCAUUUUGUAUGCGGCGUUUUUCAGGGACCCGCGGCAGUGCCGCAAAUCUGACCCUUUAAAUCGCUGUAGCUCCGAAAGUAAUGACCGCAGAUACUUUUACAAAAUUGCUUUACUGUUACCAUACUCCUAAUUUAUAUACAAUUUAAAAAACUGUUAUCAAUCCUACUAUAACCAUGUUUUCAUGCUAUAGAAGAUGGGUAUAACCAAGACCUGAAACUUGAUAGAAACCAGCUGACUGCUAGAACAAUUUUUGCACGUCACUAAUUUACUUAUUACGACAUCUGAACUCUUUGAUUUUAAUCAGAAUUGACAGAAUUAGAAUUGACUAGAAACAUACAUAAAUAUCUCAUAAGACGCAACGUUCUUUGUACAUAAAACAAGUCUGUCUCUAACUUUAAAAACGCCUUAACACAGCGAGCAUGUAUAAUUUACUAUGUAGACAAAAAUGCAGCAGGGUUUUUGCGUAACCGAAGCACUUUAUACGGCGCUUAAGACUUGUUUACCGUGAAUAGACAAUUAGACAGUGAAUCAGUGGCAUAAGUGAAAAACUUAGUAAGAGAGUCGCUAUUGUUUUUAUAAUGAAUGUGAAAAUGUUCUUUGUAAAUUGUAUAGGUGUGCAUUGUAUUUAAUUGAUGAUUGUCCAGAGAUCGAUAGGUGACUUGAUCAGCCUAACAAUGGGGUAUGUAGCUAACAAGCGUUAGCGGUUAUAGUAAGAUAAUCGAUAAUGUAACGAUAUUUUCGAUUGACAGGUUGAUCACGUGACCUAUCAAUAAUGAAUGUCAUCUCUGUACAUUUUUUAGUUUUCGAAACGUUUGUAGAAAGAAUUGAGGUGUUUUUUGGCUAGAGCGGCCCGUGUAAUAUGAGUUCUCUACACUGUUGGCUAUUGUACAUGUACGUUGUAAUGUAGAGAUACAGAUUUUCUACUUUUGGAAGAGGUUAGUUUUUGAAUUGGUUAUAAUUUAGUAAGAUUAUACAGACAGACGUGUCUGUAUGUGCAACUUUAGGAGCAUUUAAGCGAAAAGGUGUUAUUAUAGUACUUUAUUAUAUUAGUGCGGUAAGUUCUUAAUUACAGCCGAUAUUGCUGGCCCGAGCCGUAGGCGAGAGUACAAGAAAGCAGAAGCUGUUAUUAUCAUAGCGCACGUAUGUCAUACGACGUUUAUAACAUAUUUGUGAGGUAACACACUUCUGAAAAUGAAUUUGCAUCCGCUUGUUUUCCAUAUUAUGACGAAAUUUAGAUACGCUUGGAAGUAUCCAUCGGUAGAUUUUUCCAGCACGAGGCUUACGAGUAGCCUUUUUUAUGCUACCUUUGGGACUUCUAGCGGUGUCGAAUUAAUAAAUCCAUCACUACUUGACAUGUUAAAAUUAAAAUUAUACAGCGUAAUGAAAUAGCGCUUAAGUAUUAUUUUUCCACAGCUUUUUUAGGCAAAGGCAUCAAAAACAGUUAGUAUUACUAAUAAUUAUUUUUUUAAUAUUCUUGUGUUUUGUUAUAGAUAAACGGUUGUCAUGUAUUGUCGAAAUUAAUAAAAUGAAUUAAUUAAAUGUUUAUUUAUUAUAUUUUAUCUCACAAGGUUAAUUUUAUUCAUAAAAUGUUUACCACUUCUCAGACAUAAAAUCUCUUUGCUGAGAUCUAAAAAAGUACCGUUCGUUUUUAGAUGGAUGAUAAACCGUGCGUUUUACAUUACGAUAACGCACAAGUGCGUAAUGAGAUAGAUAACGAUAUUGAAAUUGAUGAAAUAAGAGACUAUUUAGGGGGGGGAGAGGUUCUUAGGGGCUAUCGCUAUGAUCUGAAUACCUUAAUGGGGGUACGUCAAGUCAUAACUUUGAGUUUGAGAAACCCUACUCUAGUUUGUAGUUUCCUUUAGUUUACACACACAAAUGCGUGCUUGUGCUGACAACUUCUAUUACAUCUAAAGCGACAAAGCCUAAUUGUCUUCCUAAAUUAGAACAACCAUAAGUUUCGAUAGACAAUUAUUAUUUUGACAUUGACGAUACUUUAAUUUUAACUUACCUACUUACGUUAAGGAUUUCGUUAAGAAAUUUAGAUAAUUUUGUACGUUUGUUAAUUAUUGUACGCGGAAAUAACUUUUAAGCAAAUAGAAAAAUAAUCUUUAUUUAAAUGUAAUAAAUAUAGUUACAUAGUAAAA